AUGUCUCAACACCACCGAAACUGGCCCAGACGCCCCACUCGAAAUGAAAAUGCUGGCCGGGGACAAUCGAUACCCCGGACGAAUCCACCCUUCGGUCCUGGUGAUAGUCGAUCAGACAACCCCGCUUCGAGUCAUCAAUCUAAUGCCAGCCGGGCGAAUACUUGGGAACGUGGUAGACGAGGAUCCUCACAAUCAUCUCAGCGCUCGAGACAUUCGCACCCAGGUCCUAGUCCGAGAGGUGGUCGUUCUGAUACACAAAACGUCGACAUUCCAGGGAAACAGCUGUUGGCCAACCAUUUCGCCAUUGAACUAGGCGACUACCGCCAAAUCUAUUCUUAUGACUUGAAGAUCAGCAGAUUGGUGGAUAACCAAAGCCAAACACCUGGGUCUGGAAGUGCCGAUGCUGGUGACCAGAAGCCGCGCAAAAUUGCAAGACAGAAGAAGAAACGACUUAUCCACCUCCUCCUCGAGCGGCUCAAGUCGGAAAAGAGUCUUCCGGGUCCUGUUGCUACUGAUUACUUGAAGCUGUUCAUCACGACGAAACAACUAAAUGAAGAUGCCACCUCACGCGAAAUCAAUUUCUACGACGAAUACUCGGUUGAUCCAGGCAGUGGUCUUGUCCCAGGCUGUGACCGCUACCGAGUGGACUUCGAGAGGCCGAAAGUGAUCUCUUUGGACAAUCUUUUUGCGCACUAUCGUCGAUCGCCACAAUCUCAGACAGCUGUCGCACAGCAAUCGAAUGAAGCUCCCACUGAUGCAAUCAACGCGCUAAACAUCAUCUUCAGCUAUUUGCCUUACCAAAAAUGCUUUUCAAAGGAUCACCAAGCGAACCUUCCCUUGAUGACUACGGUAAAAGGGCAGACGUUCUACGGCAUUGCUCAACCUCCUCCUUCAGAACUCGUGUCAACAGAAACCGGAAAAAUGCUUGACAACAGCGGUGGCCUCUACAGCAUUCCAGGGUUUUCGAGAAGCGUCCGAGGCUCAUUCGGCUCGUCGGGGCACGUGGAUCUCAACAUCUACAUCAAGACAGGCUGCUUUUGGCAGCAUGGGAGUGCCCAAGAUAUGAUUCAGGCCUGGAUCACUCAGAAUAGCCAGAAAGGAGGCCCUAACCUGCAUGCUCUUCAAGAUUUCUUGCGCCGAACACCGGUAAGAUUGACGUUCGAGGAGUCAGGACUUGAUCGAUUCUCUGUGAUCAAAGGUCUUGCGCGCGUCGACCAACAUCCAAGCGCCGACAUCUGCCAGAUGCAACGUUUCGACCAACAACAUCCUGGCGGCUCAGUGAAAGACUACUUCUCCACGAACUACAAUUGGCAGAUGAAUCGUGAUGUGUACGUUGUCAAGAUUGGGAAACUGUCACAGAAAGGAUACAUGACGGUCCCAGCUGACCGGCUUCAAGUCCUACCCGGGCGGAUCAAACCGAGCGAGAUACCCCAGCGUUCGACUCGAUACCCAGAUGCAAACUAUAAGAUGAUUGUCAACGACGGUAGACGCACGUUCUAUCCGACCGACCGUGCCGAAGGUGGAGAGGGAGCGGCAGCUUUUCGCCUGAAAAUUGAUUCCAAGAUGGCCGCAGUCCCUGUGACGGUUUUGGCUAGGCCGAAUCUUAUGUACAAAGCUCGGGGGAACCGGGGGCAUGACAAAUACAUCGAUGGAGCGUUCAUCAACGCUGGUCAAUGGAAUGUCCGAGAUGCAGCCUUUGUCAGACCAGCUUCCGGCAAGAAGUGGUCCUGCGUUGAGCUCACCGCGAAGAACCAGCGAUCGAAAUGCUCAGAACAGGGAUUCAAGCAUUUUGUGGACAACCUGGAGAAAGCAUUUCCACAAUACGGCAUGGAGGGAUUCGUGUGGUCGCCAUUCAACCUCCAGGGCCGUUACACCGACGACGACCUGUUUCCGACGUCGAAGACGGCCUCGAGUUUCCUAAAGCGGGACUCUGCCAUCGAAAAGCUGCUCAAAGCUGUCAAAGAGAAGGGAGUUCAACUUGUCGUGCUGCUUCUCCCGUCCCAUGACCUGGAACUCUACGGUUCCAUCAAACGAGCCGGUGACCAAAGUGUCGGAAUAUCCACCGUUUGCCAUGUGCUUCGACACGAUAACAGGGUAAAGGCACUUUUGCCCAAAAGCCUUCCGCUGCGUGACAACGGGACCAACGACGACUUUCUAGCAAAUUUAUGCAUGAAAAUCAACUUGAAAUCUGGUGAGACCACCGUCAAUCAAGCCUUGCGCGACAAUCCAAAGAUUCUAUCACCCAAAACGAUGAUCCUCGGCAUUGACGUGGCACAUGGAGGCGGACCAAGAAAACACUGCCCCAGCGUUGCAGCCGUGGUUGGCAGCAUCAAUGCAGAGUUCUCGCAAUGGCCGGCAAGUCUGUUGGCGAAUCCAUGUUCUACGAGGGAUGAUGAGGAAAAGGAGGCAAACGAGAAGAUAUUGGAUCUAGACGUUGCUGUGUACCAGCGACUUCUGGACUAUUACGAUCGGAACCAUGGCAAAGAUUCAGAAGGGCGAAAGGACAACGGCAUUCCGGAGCAGAUUAUCGUUUACCGAGACGGGGUAUCCGAGUCCCAAUUCGAAAUGUGCAAAAACUACGAGUAUGGCAAGAUCGGCCAAGCCCUGAGCAAGCUCUUCCAACAAAAGGCUUUGCCUGUCGAGCUUUUGCCCAAAGUCACCCUUAUCUGUGCCAUCAAGCGACACCACACUCGUCUAUUCCCGGAUCCCGAUGGCCAGGACGAAAGUAUCUUGUUGAACCCGAAUGGUGGUAAGAGCCCCGCCAACAAAAACCCACUGCCAGGCUGUGUGGUGAUGGACCGCAUCACAUACGGAGAGGGCAACGACUUUUUCCUCGUCGGCCAGAAGGCCAUUCAGGGCACAGCCAGACCGGUGCAUUACAACGUCCUGCAAAAUCCACACAACUACGACAUCCAGGACAUUGCCAGGAUGACAUACCAUCUGUGCUAUCUCUUCGGCCGCUCGCGCACUUCGGUCGGACCAUGCACGCCCGUCUACUACGCCGACCUGGUGGCCGACCGCGCGAGGUGUUUUGUCCGCCAGUUCUACAAUCCUCCGCACGACGACGACAACCCGGUCCGACCAUUUGAUGACAGCGAACUGCCCGCGUUUAGGCGCUGCCUCCAACUUCACCCCGACAUUGAAAAGACCAUGUUCUACAUUUGA